AACUUUUAUUGCAUCGAAAUUGUGAGAGAUAGCAAACCUUUCCUAAAACCAAGUGAUAAAGCAGCUCCCCCGUGUUUUCUGCUGCCCCCAGGCGUCUGCACGCUGCCCGCCAUGGCGGCCCCUGGCCACCCGCCGCCGCUGCCACCGCCACCACCAGACCCCCAGUUUGUCCUCCGAGGCAGCCAGGCAGCAGUGUGUGCCCUGCACUUCCACGGAGCUGACGAGGCUCAGGGGCACCCGCUCCUCUUCUCGGGGUGUCAGAGCGGCCUGGUGCACAUCUGGAGUCUGCGGACACGGAGACCCGAGGCCACCCUGGACGGCCACGGGGGCCAGUGUGUGACCUGGCUGCACACGCUGCCCCGGGGGCACCAGCUCCUCAGCCAGGGCCGGGACCUGCGACUGUGCCUCUGGAGCCUGGCAGAGGGCAGGAACGCCGUCGUGGACUCCGUGCCCCUGGAAAGUGUGGGCUUCUGCAGGAGCUCCAUCCUGGCCGGGGAGCAGCCACGCUGGACGCUCGCCGUGCCAGGCCAGGGCAGUGAUGAGGUUCGGAUUCUGGAGAUGCCAUCCAAGACGUCGGUGUGCACCCUGAAGCCGGAGCAGGGCGCCAAGCUGGGCAUGCCCAUGUGCCUGAGGCUGCAGCAGGCUGACUCCAGCCCCCGCCCCCUCCUCCUGGCUGGCUACGAGGACGGAUCGGUGGCCCUGUGGGACGUGUCCGAGCGGAAGGUGUGCAGCCGCAUCGCCUGCCACGAGGAGCCGGUCAUGGGCCUUGACUUCGACCCCCAGAGGGCCCGGGGCGUCUCAGGCUCGGCGGGGAAAGCGCUGGCUGUCUGGAGCGUGGACGGACAGCAGGCCCUGCAGGUGUGCCGCACCCACCCGCUCACCAACCCUGGGAUCGCCGACCUCGCCCUCCGGCCGGACCGCAGGCUCCUGGCCACCGCGGGCUGGGACCACCGAGUCCGCGUGUUUCACUGGCGGACGAUGAAGCCGCUGGCGGUGCUGGCCUUCCACAGCGCUACUGUCAACUGCGUGGCCUUCGCCUCCGACGGCCUGCUGGCUGCGGGCUCCAAGGACCAGCGCAUCAGCGUCUGGUCCCUCUACCCGCGCACGUGACGCCCCGACUCACGUGACUGCCUGCGCACGUCAUUCCCCGUCCCCCCCCCCCCCAGUGACGAGGAGGGGCGGCGGGCACCGGACCUCGUGGUGGGAGAGCAUCACAGGGCCUGUGAGGACCGAAAGUCACAGCCCAAAGAGCCCGCACUCUGCUCCCGAAACCGCCUUCCUGUUGGGAACUGCCACCGUGAGAGGCGUGGCGCAGGCCUGGCAGUGUUGUCUGCCUCCCCAUAACACACACACCCCGCCCCGGGAAACCCGAGGGCAUUUUCCAAUAAAUUGUGCACUGGAAACCUGCAGGCUCAAGGUGGAGACGCCGUGGGAAGACAUCCCCCAGCCUCUCCCCGCCCCUCCCCGACCAGGGGCCAGCGCUCUUGGCCUCGGCCUGCUGACCAGUGGGUGACCCAGAGUAUGGUCCCCAGGGCCAGGCCUCAGGAGGCCAAGGACCCGCAGCCACCCACUGAUGCCCAGGACUGAGGCCAGGGCCAGGAAAGGGAUGAGCCAGGAGGGCAGAGAGAGUGCGCAGUGGGCAGAGCCAGGCCCACCGGGGACCCGGGGAGAAGUGGGCACCGCAGAGAGGUGGCAGAGCAGGUGCGGGCCAGUGAUGGGCAGAAGGCCCCAUCCGGAGUGCAGGGGCCCUGAAUUCACCAGGCACUCAGAGCCUGGCAGUGAGAAGCUGGCGUGGCUCCAUGCAGAUCGGGGCCCCUGCGUCCCUCACAUGCGUCAGCACCCCUCAGCAAAGCUUCU